AUGGGCAAUGGUUCUGUUCGUGGCGAUAUUAGCAGUCUUUAUAAUUUGGCAAACAUAUGCUUCAGAACAGAUUUUGAAUUGCCAAGGAAUGAGAAUUUAUGGAAAUUGCACUGCCAGACAAAUAAUUUAACUAGUGGUUUCUCACUGAAUCAGGAAUUUUUUUUUACUGGAAGCAACUGCCUGCCAGUGCUGCAGCUAAAUGCAAUUGAUCUAUACCAGAUGAAACUUUGGGACGAAGAAGCUGAGUCCGUGGAACUUCAGUCAAAUUUCUUCUUUCUUUACAGGGAAAAUGUUCUGUAA